AUGCCAUUAUGGAAUGAUCAACAUGUUAUAAAAACUGCGAAAGAAGAGAAUAUUCCUGACACAGCUAUCAAAUUCGGAAAAGAUUUAGCGAUCGGUGCAGUCGCAGCUAUCAUCGCUAAAACGAUCGUCGCACCUAUCGAACGCGUUAAACUUGUCUUACAGCUUCAAAAUGCCCAAGAAAGAAUAUCGGUAACGAAACGUUAUCGUGGAAUGAUGGAUUGUUUUAUACGGCUUCCACGUGAGGAAGGAUUUUUCUCAUUUUGGCGUGGGAAUUUGGUGAAUAUCGCCAGAGCUUGUUCUCAGGAAUCUCUUGGUUUUGCUUUCAAAGAUUUUUUCAAAAUAUGGAGCCUUAGCGGUGUUUCGAAUGAUAGCUACUGGAAGUUUUUUACUGGUAAUAUUGCUGCCGGUGGCGCUUCAGGGAUUUCAACUUAUUGUGUAAUAUAUCCACUCGAUUUUGUUCGAACUCGAUUGGCAGUCGAUAUGGGAAAAGGAGUGAAUCGAGAAUUCCGAGGCUUUUUCGAUUGUUUAAAAAAGAUUAUUAAGCAUGAAGGUGUUCGUGGAUUGUAUUAUGGUUUUGGGCCAUCGAUACAGUACAUUUUUAUUUAUCGUGGAGCUUAUUACGGGCUUUUUGAUUCAGCUAAAGUUUUUGCACCAAGCAACGAAAAAAAGCAAAUUAGUUUUCUAUCCGCUUUUAUUAUUGGGCAGUUUGUUACUUUCAUUGCUGCAUUUAUUUCAUAUCCUUGGGAUACUAUUCGUCGUAGGUUAAUGAUGCAAGCUGGGCGGAACGAUAUAUUAUAUCGCGGAUUCAUUCAUUGUGCAAAGAAAAUUUAUUAUGAAGAAGGAUUUCGAGCAUUUUUUAGCGGAAUGUUGCCAAAUGCAGUACGAGGAAGCGGUGCAGCGCUCGUUCUAGCUUUUUAUAAUGAAUUUUCCAAAUAUAUAUGA